ACGUGCUGACGCUCUAUGUAUAUCAGCGCGAGCGGCGGGAUCUCUUUCCUUUUUACCGCCAUCAGCGGAGUCUUUACUCAGAUUCUGUGUAUCUGCGCAGUGCUGCUGAGAAAAUACAUCAGGACAAGUAAUUCAGCAGACCAAAACAAGAUGGCAGACAUUGACAACAAAGAUCAGGCUGAGAUGGACCAAGCAGACAUGGAGGACGUUGAGGAAGUGGAAGAAGAAGAAACUGGCGAGGAUGUCAACAGCAAAGCCCGUCAGCUGACGGUUCAGAUGAUGCAGAACCCACAGAUUCUCGCAGCCCUGCAGGAAAGGCUGGAUGGGCUUGUUGGGUCUCCUUCCGGCUACAUGGAAAGCUUACCGAAGGUGGUGAAAAGACGUGUUAAUGCAUUGAAGAACCUCCAAGUAAAAUGUGCCCACAUCGAAGCCAAGUUCUAUGAAGAAGUGCACGAGUUGGAAAGAAAGUAUGCAGCACUCUACCAGCCCCUCUUUGACAAGAGAAGUGAAAUCAUCAAUGCUGCUUAUGAACCAAUUGAUGAAGAAUGUGAAUGGAAAGCAGAUGAGGAGGAAGAACUGACAGUAAGUACUCAGGAGGAGAUGAAGGAAAAGGCAAAGGUUGAUGAGGAGAAAAAAGAUGAGGAAAAAGAAGAUCCAAAAGGAGUUCCGGAAUUCUGGCUGACUGUCUUUAAGAACGUUGACUUGCUCAGUGACAUGCUGCAGGAGCAUGAUGAACCAAUUCUAAAGCACUUAAAAGACAUAAAAGUUAAAUUCUCAGACCCUGGGCAACCAAUGAAUUUCACGCUAGAGUUUUAUUUUGAAUGCAAUGACUUCUUCUCAAACGAACUGCUGGUAAAAACAUACAAGAUGAGGUCAGAACCAGAUGAGUCUGAUCCCUUUGCCUUUGAUGGACCAGAAAUCAUGGGCUGCACAGGUUGUCAAAUUGACUGGAAGAAGGGAAAGAACAUCACAUUGAAAACCAUUAAAAAGAAACAGAAGCACAAGGGACGAGGCACAGUGAGGACGGUUACCAAAACUGUGCCAAAUGAUUCCUUCUUCAAUUUCUUCACUCCUCCGGAAGUUCCAGAAAGUGGUGAGCUGGAUGAAGAUUCCGAGGCAAUCCUGGCAGCUGACUUUGAAAUCGGUCACUUCCUCCGAGAGCGCAUCGUCCCGCGGGCCGUGUUGUACUUCACAGGCGAGGCCAUAGAGGAUGACGAUGAUGAUUAUGAUGAAGAGGGAGAGGAGGCAGAUGAUGAGGAAGGAGAAGAGGAAGCAGAUGAGGAAAACGAUCCUGAUUACGACCCCAAGGUUUAAUGAUGUCUGUAGAAAUAACCCUAUCCCAGUAGAAGGACGCGAAUCCACCACCCGAGUGCAAACAGCAGUGAAGCCUGCGUAUGUGGCCUUGAGGAUUAACUGCACUGUAACAGCUUAUUAAACAAAACCUAGUUACUUACAGCCUUAUACUGUUUUGUAUUUUCUUGUUAGAAAUAAGUUUACAUUUCUUUUUGUUACAAAAUCAUGAAGGGCCAGUUUCAAGCCUCGGCUCAUUCUGCAUAGUAUUUUAAUAGAAUUAUCUGUAAAAACAAUACAUACAAUAAAAUAAGUUAGACUGCAGUAAAUCCAUCUUCAAAGGAAAGCAUGACAUUGUUUAUUCACUGCUAAAUAGUUUGGGUUCUUGUGAAGUUUCUUGUAUUGCGUUUUGACAACAGCUGUGGAAAGACUUUGUAAAAAAAUUUCAAAUUCAGAGACAGAUUUUUUGUUUGGCCCUAUUCCUCCAUUAAAGAACCGACCCUUUUUUUGUUUUUGUCCCCCCCCCCCACCCCCACCCCCCCGUCGUCUGAAUGGGUUUAAUAUGUCUGUGCUUGCACUAGCUGUGCCACCUUUGUUAUAGACAUGCAGUGCUGCAGUGACUUGUAAUAACUAGACUAUUAAAUAUCAUAUUCAAUAUCUGGCUGUGGUAGAGACCGAACUGCAUAGCCACAGAAGGAAACGAAUAUGAAAUUGAAAUGUGUACAUACUGUCUGCUCGUUCGCAGUGGUUUUUGUUUGUGAAACUGACCUACAGAAAAAAAACAAAAAAAAAACUACUUUGUCUCCACAUUAAGGUUAUUAUGUACCACUCUGGGUGUGAAAUAAAAAAAAAAAAAGUAAAAACAAGUUUUGCGUUUUUGUCUGCAAUUUAAAUCUACAUUCCUACGGGGGGGGGGGGGACUAAACCAGUCAGUCUAAAUUGGGCUCACCUUAAGAACAGCUUUGCAGGUGUCAUUGUCAGACUUUUCGGGUCAUACAUAAGCACAGAGUAUCUAGAACUGCUAAUUCAGCACUAGUGUAUUAAAGAAGUUAAAAUUAAAACUGAUGUUCGAGCUCGGGUAACUCAAGACUUAAUUAAAAGCUAUAUGUUUCUUGCUAGUUCUGGAAGUGCAAUUAUGUGUUCAAACGUCUGAAUCGUUUUGCGAUUGUGUUUUGCAGCAGUAAAUGAAGUACCCUGCCAAGGCUGUCCCAGAAACCGUGUAGCAUACCGACUGCAUCAAUAGGAGUGUGGUGUUUUUAUUUAUUUCUUUUAUAUGAAACACUUCUUUUUUUUUUUAUACAUGUCAUCAACAUUUCAUGAUUAUCAUUUAAUAUAUUUAACAAUUUUCACCGUCCGUAUUUGACAAUCUAGACCGCCUCUUCCAGGAAGUCUGCAAUUCCAGCUGGCUUUUGUGUGAACUUUGUAUAAAUAUUGAGUACAAAUGAGAGAAACUAUUAUUGGCUCUAUGGAAAGAAUAGGCAUAAUGUCUUUUAGGUACUCAAAAGGAGUUAUUGGUUGUUGCUAAACUGACUUGUAAAUGGUCUGUGGUUUUAAAGAGAUGCAUUCAUGUUGAUUUUAAGGCUGCAACAUGAAGCUUGUUCAGUUGAGUUCAUCAGACUGGUGUGUGUUCCAGACAUACAAAUGGAGACGACAACAGUGGUGUGCUCAUCCACACUAUUGAUGGAAACCAGAGGCGUUUGUCUCCUGUCCUGGACCAUUUAUCAUUUAACUUCUCCAGUCGUGUGUAACCUUGUGCUCGUUCACCAAGUGUAAAGGAGACUUUAUUUAAUAGUUAACAUGAGGUGUGGGAGAUCAGUACCUACCUUGACUACCAGAAAUUGGUGGAUUCUGUUGGGGUCCUGUUUUUCAGCUGUUGUCAAAGCACAAUACUGUACUGGUAUGUGUAUUUAAUCGUGAAUAAAUUGAUUAUACAAGU